GGGGCGCACGCACACCUAUCCAUCAUCAAUUACCUCCUUACAUCCCAGUCCAUUGAAUCCACUUUAAAAUGAGAGAUGCAUAAACAAAGGCAGAAUCUGUUUGAUUUUCAGAUGAAAUCCUGAGAAACGAACACUGAGAAAGAUGAAAGCCAGGCAGCCUGUCAUCUCAUUGGAUAUUUAGGUGCGUCCCCACCGCAAAGAUCCUUCAUCCGAGCAACUUAGCCAUGGCACAGGCAUUGUAAUGUCUGUGAAUGACACCUGAUAUGGCUGAACGGGCUUACAGCUUUUCAAACAGUGAUUGUUUACCGCGAAUGUUUUAAAAUCAAGUCUGGACGCGGUGCGCGUGCAUUGAAGACGCCGCAAAGGUCUCCAUCAUGCUGAAGGUGCAUUCUGAGAGGUAGCAGUUCAAACGCUUACUUCAAGUCAGGCUCACUUAAUAAUUUCAUCCUUCAGUUCCCAUGAUGGCUCUGAUCUGCCUUUGUGAGUCUUUGAAUGGUUCAGAUCAGGAUUAUGUGCUUUGCAACAGCACUACAUUCAACUUUUCCGGCAAUGAGAGUGGACGCUGUCACCUUCAGACCAUGGAUGAAGUUCUGUUUAGGUUUCUGGGCCCUAGGCGAUCUUCUUUCUUCUUCCCUGUAACUAUUACGUACACCCUCAUCUUCACCACAGGAGUCUUGGGAAACCUCCUCACUUGCACUGUGAUCACUAAAGACAGGAAAAUGCAGACACCCACCAACCUAUAUCUAUUUAGCCUGGCUAUCUCAGACCUGCUGGUGCUGAUCUUCGGGAUGCCACUGGAAAUCUACGAGCUCUGGCAGAACUAUCCCUUCCCCUUUGGCGAAAGCAUUUGCUGCUUCAAGAUCUUCCUAUUUGAGACAGUUUGCUUUGCUUCUGUGCUUAACGUUACAGUGCUGAGCGUGGAACGCUACAUCGCUGUGAUUCACCCACUCAAAACCCGCUACGCAAUUACCAACAAGCACGCUCAAAGGGUCAUCGCUAGUGUUUGGGUUCUUUCCCUGAUCUGCGCCAUCCCAAACACUUCACUUCAUGGCCUGCAGUACCAGUACCUGCCAGAGAAGGUUCUGGAAUCAGCUACCUGCAACCUGCUCAAGCCCAAAUGGAUGUAUAACUUGGUGAUCCAGGUCACAACUCUUCUCUUUUACUUCGUCCCCAUGAUGAUGAUCAGUGUGCUCUAUCUGAUGAUUGGUCUGACACUGGGCAGGGGACAGAAGCAGAGGGAUGACAAUCUGGACAAGAACCAAGACAGCUGGAAAAUCCACCUGGACAGCAGACGGAAGAGGCAGGUCACCAAGAUGCAUUUUGUGGUGGUAUUGGUGUUUGCCAUCUGCUGGGCUCCAUUCCACAUCGACCGACUCUUGUGGAGCUUCAUCACGAGUUGGACUGACCACAUGCAUAAUAUAUUUGAAUAUGUGCACAUAAUCUCAGGAGUGCUCUUUUACCUCAGCACCGCCGUUAACCCCAUCAUCUACAACCUUCUCUCCAGUCGUUUCCGCGAGCGAUUUCAAGCUCUGGUGUGCAGUUGUCUGCCAUCGAGCUCUUCUCGUAAUGACUCAACGCCUUUACAUCAUCCCCAAAGACCCCCCACUGAUCUCCAACGUCCAGGCUAAGAGCAGAAACGUGGGCGUCUCACUUCCUUUUGUCAUUAGCAGUAGCAGGUGGGAACCAGAGAAUGAAUGCUUUCAUGUGAGACAACAUGAUCUGUGAUCUCACAUCUGAAGCCUAGGUUACAUCUCACUAAGAAAAUAAAAAGAAUAAGAUGUGUCAAGUACAAUACUGUGUAAAUAAUAGGCUGUUCCUUAGAAACUACAUAUGAACAGACACAUAUUGGGUUUGGAUUAAUACGGUCUGUCUGGCUUUUUGAAGUUACCUUAAGCUAAUAAUAACCAGUGUAGUUAUAUUGUCCAAAUUAAUUUUUGAAUGAAAAUAAAACACUAUACAGUUCUGCAGAAAGGCCAUGGCAUUCAUGGUCAGUAUUAUAGUUCCUGUGGAUAUUAGUAAAAUAACAAGAGACAACAAGGUCAUUGAUUAAUAAAUAACAAAAUUGAUGCUAUGUGAAACUGUACAUCUGUAUAAUACAUAUGAAGUCUUUAUCAAAUGUUCUGUAUAAUUCAGGGUUACACUUUAUUUACUUUAGACAUUACUAACUAUAAAUAACUAUGAACUACAUGUCAACUAGCACUCAUUAAUUUUCAACAACAUGUUAAAGGGAUAGUUCACCCAAUAAUCUAAAUUACCCCAUAAUUUGUUUACCUUGAAGCCAUCCUAGGUGUGUAUGACUUUCUUUUUUAAGACAAAUCCAAUUGGAGUUAUAUUUAAAAACGUUGUGGCUUUUCCAAAUUUUAUAAUGGAAGUGAAUGGGUGUUAUUUUUCAAUAGUCCAGAAGAAAUCCGAUGAAGCUCAUCCAUCCAUAAUAAAAGUGCCUCACACAGCUAUGUCCAUAUUUAACAUUUUAUAAACAGUAAUCUCUCACUUUCAAUAACUGUCAUACAUGCGUUCACAAUAGAACGCUGUUUUGUUGGAUAACGUAGGGUGUCGGCAUAGCAUAGCAAACUUUUCUUACUUUAGCAGAGAAAAACUAGUCUCGUCUUGGCUUACAACAUAUAAAUCCUCCAACUUUUUUCUGUAUAAAAUUCCAAAGUUUUGUACUUAUAAUUCAUGAUCAGUGUUUUGUUUUGCUCUCUCCUAUGCACUUCCAUGUUCUUAAUUUUUAAUUGAAGCUUACUUUACGCUGACAUCCUGCGUCAUCCUCCUGCAAUAGCAUUCUUUUGUGAACGUGCAGCCCACAAUCAGCCACUUAUCCUAUUGAGCAAAACCCAACACAUUGGUAGGUCUACAAUAUUAGCCUAAUAUCAAUUCACACUCAGACUUAUCGCCCUGUUAGUUGUAGUGGGUGACUUACCAACAAGCUACGGUAUUAAACAAGCUAAGCUAGGUAAACUUAUAGUUGCGCAUAGAAAAAUACAUUGGAUAUCAUAAUAUUUUGUCAUGACAAGUUUAUUAAUGUUCCAGCAUCAUCUGUAUUAAAGAGAAAAAAAUAAAAUAGAAUGAAUGAAUAAAAUAGCAUUGACAGCCUACUUACACAUAACUUCUGAAGAACUUUGUUCUCUCCACUGGACUUGUGUGCAGGGUUGCCAGGUUUUCAAAACAAAGUCCCACCCAAUUGCUACUGAAAACUAGUCCAAAAUUCUGGUAAAAUAUAUAUUACUCAUAUAGUCAGUAGAAUGUCUGUUGGGGGAACAUCAAUAUAAAGUGUUAGCAGGUAUUAAGUAGACAGUCUAUUAAUACUGACUAAUACUGACUGCUAGUUGACAUGUAGUUGCAGUUACUUAUAGUAAGUAGAUUGUCUAAAGUGGACUCAAAAUAAAGUGUUACCUAAUUCAGCUUGUCAUAUUGUAUGUCACGUGUCCAUAGAAACUAACUCUAUCUAUCUAUCUAUCUAUCUAUCUAUCUAUCUAUCUAUCUAUCUAUCUAUCUAUCUAUCUAUCUAUCUAUCUAUCUAUCUAUCUAUCAGCAUGUGGAUGAAUUUCCUGCACAACUAAAUCAAAACUAUAAUAUGGACAAUAUUAAUCUCAAAUGAGCCGUUGGGAAUGAAUUGUACUUUUUGUCAUUUGUAACAUGAAAAGAAGGAAAAAAGCAUAUCGUUCCCUGGAUCUAUUUUCCUCCAGCACUAGAGAGGAGAGGAAGUAAUACUUGUGCCAGAUGGGAGUCAUUGGAAAAAUUCAUCAUGAAAAUAGAACAAUAAGAACUGCAUGGCACAUUAAUCUUUAAAGUUUCAAUUAACUACAGGGGCUUGUCAGGUAAGAAUGAUGUCUGCAUAGUUAAAUGUUGCAAUUAUGAAGUUUUAUUGUUGGUUUAAAAAUGUUUGUGCCAAAAGUGCUUCACUAGAAUUCAUCAUCAUGAGAAUUCGAAUAUUUCUUGUAACUGUGGAUUGUAACUACUAAAUACAUUGGAGAACUGUGGCUU